AUGCUGCAGAAGAUACAGCGGGAAGCAAAGGCCAUGGAAAAUCGCCGCAACGAUGAUCAAGAGAACUCUCUACCCAUCGGCGGUGCACAGGCAGGUGCAAGCAGCGCGACAGCCCAGGCCCCGCUCACUUGGCAUCGAAUAUCGAAGCAGGUGGGGGGUUGGGUCGAGUGCACUGGUGAUGAUGAUGAUGAUGAUGAUGAUGAUGACUAUGAAAAUGAGAUUGGGGAUGGGUGCAUGCAGAUGCGCGUUGGAGUGUGGUGUAGUGAAGCGCAGUGA